AUGAUUAAAAGGAUACUUCAAGGAUUGAGUCGUAAAUUUUCAAGUCUUUCCAAGGACCCUGUUGGAAUAGAAUCCCGUGUGGAGGAAAUGAUGAACAUACUUGGUAUUGGAUUGGAUGAUGUUUGCUUUGUAGGAAUUCAUGGUAUGCGUGGAGUGGGUAAUACAACUUUGGCAGAAGUCAUUUAUGAUAGAAUAUCUUACCAAUUUGAAGCUAGCAGCUUUAUUGCUUGUAUUAGAGAAGAAACUAGAAAUCGUGGUCUAGUUUCUUUACGAAAACAACUUCUUUCUAAGAUCUUCAUGGAAAGGGAAAUAAAUAUAUGGGACGAUCAUGAGGAAAUGAAUAUGAUACGGAAUAGACUAUGUAAUAAAAAAGUUCUUUUGGUCCUUGAUGAUGUGGACAGAGAACAACAUCUAACAGCAUUAGCAGGGAGCCAUGAUUGGUUUGGUUUGGGGAGUAGAAUCAUUUUAACAAGUAGAGAUAACCAUUUCUUGAAAAGACAUGGAGCAAAUGAUAUCUGUAAGGUUAAUGAGUUGAAUAAUGAUGAAGCAUUGCAGCUCUUUAGUUUGGCAGCUUUCAAGAAACCCCAUCCUGAAGAAAAUUAUGUGGAUUUAUCUAAAGGCUUUGUGAAAUAUGAUCAGGGCCUUCCUUUAGCUCUCAACGUAUUAGGGUCCUCCUUAUUUGGUAGAGGAACAAAGCAUGGAAAGGUGCUUGAGAUCAACUGA